AUGAUCCCUUUAAUAUCCACUGUUACCUCAGCUCUCCCAUCCAGAGGUUUGCCGGCAUGGGAUCAAUACACAAUAGCCUCGGCCUCAUUAGCAGGUUUGGUCCUUAUCGUGCUUUUCUUCCUCCUCGUAUCUCCUUCCUCCGCCUCUUCCCCCAGCUCUGCUCCCAUCCCUUACUCCCGGUUGAGCACGGUAGAAGAUUGCGAAACCUACGCUUCAGAAGAGGAUCAAGGAAAAUUCCAGCUCGACGAUUAUCCCUCCCACCUCCGCUCAGCUCUCGGCACCCCGCUUGAUGCGCAGAGCUAUGAAGCUAGACGGUUGUACACCCAUGUCAGCCUCGCUAUCCUCUCUGUUGUGGGGUUGGCGAUCGACGCUGCUGCUAUCGUUCAACACCUUCUCAACACUACAGAUGCCGGACUGCAUUCCAAGGUCUACCUCAGCUCGAGUUCGGCGGCGCUGCGAACAUUAGUGGUUGUGUUGGCGAUGCUAGAUCUGGGCGGUUUGAGCGAGUCGACGAGGUUAAUCCACGUUUCGCUGUUGACCUUUCUGUGGUUGAUGGCACAGCUAAUGGUGGCAUUAAUCAACGUAAAACUUGAUCUGUCUAGCAAGGGAGCGGAUAGCAAUCCCGCUUUGCACUCGAUUGGUCUUUUCUCCACCUUGUUCUCCUUUCUUCUUGCUUUCCUGACACCGACUGGUCCGGCGGUAGAAGUGGAGAUGGAUGGCGUCAGAACAGUCGUGCGCAACAGCCAAGGUGGGGGAUCAGUAGCUGAAUCCGUUUUCGGCUUUCUCGCUCUUCCUGUCGUCCGCCAGGCUUAUAGGCAAGGGACCAUUAGCCAAGACAACAUCCCCGCGCUGGAUCACUCCUAUCGUUCGGCAGUGCUAGCUGAGGAGAUGAUUGGCACUUAUCGUCGGAUUCUCUCCUCCUCUCUCUCUAACCAUCCAGCAGGGGAGGCAAGGAGUGCCCGAGUGAAGGGUCAAGCCCUACUCUGGGCGCUAAUCAAAUGCAAUUCUGCAGAGUUGAAAAGUACCGGGGUGGUGUUGGUUAUUGCUACGUUCAGCUUCUACGUCCCCAAACUCGGUCUUAGUGUCUUGCUCGGUGGGAUGCAAGACUAUGAUCGCACUCAACAAAACCGAGAUACGGAGGAUAAUGUGGGCAACAGAGCCAGAGCAACGUUGGUCUACUCUGCAGUAUUCUACCUCUCUCUUCUCUGGGAAUCGCUGGUCAUUUACUACUACUUCAGACCACUUGCGGUUAACCAGAAAGCACGAGUGCAGAUCCAACUGACCACUCUUCUUGCUUGGAAACGGUUGCGUCAGAAAGAAGCUUACUCUUCCACCUCGUCCACUACCGAGGCUGGAAAAGGCGAAGCGGUUUCUUCCUCCUCUCAGGUGAUCAAUCUGAUUACGACGGAUGUCAAUCGUAUCUUUGGCCGAAUCGACAUGUUUUCAUUCGCAAUCAUGGGUCCACUUGAAGUCUUUGUCGGUGGAUACGGUGCAUAUUAUCUCCUUGGAAAUGGUGCUUUGGUCGGGUUGCUAGUCGCUGCGCUCAUGCAACCCAUCGCUAUCCUCAUCGGUAGAGUCACCGAGAAAAUCGAUACCAACCUCCAAGCUUCUCGAGACACUCGAGUUUCUCUCCUCUCCGAAGCUAUCCGUGCUAUCCGUCUGAUCAAGUACAAUGCCUAUGAAGACUCGAUCGCAGCACAAAUCAUGCGCAGUCGUCGCGCAGAACUCAAAGGUCAGGCGCAAAAAUGGACCCUAUUCACCUUUUUCGCUGGAUUCUUCGCCCUAGUUCCAAUGCUAACCAUUGCCGUUGCGUUCGGAUGGUAUACGCUCGUGGAGGGGAAGGAGUUGACUGCUGCAGUUGCCUUUCCUGCAGUGGCGGUGUUGGUGGAAUUGAGGUUUGCGGUGAGCUACCUUCCGAGUAAUUUCCUGACCCUCAUUCAGGGUUGGGUUAGUUUGAAGAGGAUUGCCACUUUUAUGGAGACUGCGGAGGUGAAAGAGAUGCUAAACGAUUACAAGCCAAGUUUUGGGCGAGGGAGCAAGGAGCAAGGUAGGAUUGAAGUUAGGGAUGCAGAGAUCGCUUGGCCUGUUGAAGGCGAUCGGACUGAUGGAGAUGGUGAUGGGGUGUUUACGCUUUCGAUAAGCAACGCAGUGUUCGAAACUGGAGCGAUUAAUCUGGUUUGUGGUAAGACCGGAUCAGGUAAGACUUUGCUGCUUCUUUCACUACUUGGAGAGGCACAGCUUAACGCAGGGAGCAUUGUUUGUCCACGCUCUCAUCCGGCAGCAUCACUCUACGCCAGUCGAAUGUCUUUGAAGAACUGGUACAUCGACCCAACCCUCACCGCUUACGCUCCUCAGCGUCCGUUCCUGUUCAACUCUUCUCUGCGGGAUAACAUUCUCUUCGGUCUCCCGCUUAACGCUUCCCGUUACCGCGCCGUUCUCUUGGCUUGUGGACUCAAACCCGACCUCAAGAUCCUCAAACACGGAGAUCAAACAGAACUCGGGGAAGGCGGUACGAACCUUUCGGGUGGACAAAAAGCACGUAUCUCCCUCGCGCGCGCUGUCUACUCCCACGCAGGCACUCUUUUGAUUGAUGACUGUCUGUCAGCGUUGGAUUCGCAUACGACCAAGCACAUUUGCGAAGAGCUCUUUGGAGACCGAAAAGCAGGCUUGUUGGAAGCAAGGACGACAGUGUUGGUUACACACCACGUGAGGUUGAUGGUCGCAAGGUGUAACAAGGUUUUAGUGCUGCAAGAGGGUAAGCAGGUCUUUUGUGGUGGCACGGCAGAGUUUGUCGAUAGUCGUUAUUACGAGGGGUUGGAGAAUGAGGUGAAGGACAGCGCUCAGGAUGGGGAGCAAGAAGAUGAUGGAACCCCGAACUUUGGCAGUACCAGCAGCACCGCUGCUAGCUCUGCCAACAACUCUGACGACGACGCAGUGGAAGGAGAGGGGUUGUUGGAAGCCGCAGUAGCCGCUAGCGUGGCGGGUAAGAAUGCAUCUGCCUUCUCUCAACGUACUAUCAAGCGUCGUCCCUCUUCCUCUGCUUUCUCCAACGUGUCUGGUAUCGUCGACCCCAACGCUGCCCCUGCUCAGGGUGGUGAUGGGGAUGAAGGGGAAACCUUCAAGCAAGUGACCGAAGAGAAACGCGCACAAGGCCGAGUCUCAUUUGCGGUCUACAAUAGGUACAUUGGUGCUGGAGGAGGUAUCUUACUCUGGAUUGCCCUCGUCGCUGCUUUCUGCUCGAAUGCAUUCUCUGAUCUGGGUGCGAAUUGGUGGCUUCAUCUAUGGACACAAUCCUCCGUGUCCCACCAAUCAGACCAUUCGACUGAGUGGUGGUUCUACCGCUGGGUGCUCAUCCAAUCUCUCCAAGUGAUCGCCAUUACUCUCGGAUACGCUCUGGUUUGCAUAGCCUCGCUUCUCGCCGGUGCACGUCUGUUCAGUCAGCUUCUUCGCACUGUUCUUCGUGCUCCUCUUCGGUUUCACGAUUGCACUCCCUCUGGACGACUGCUGAAUAGGUUCGGGAAGGACAUGGAAGCCAUCGACUCGAACAUCGCCGAGGAGCUGAGCGAAGCAGCAAAGUCUCUACUCAUGGCAGUCGCUGCUCUCGUAGCAACGUAUCUCGGAGGUGGACCGAUCAUUAUCGCUAUCCUUCUCAUUAUGUCUCCGUUGUUCUAUAUGCUCGUUUCCACCUUCACCAUUGCUGCUCGCGAUCUCAAGCGACUCGAUUCGAACGCAGCGUCAAAACGCAUUACUUGCUUCACGGAUCUAAUCACGGGUGUAGUCACGAUUCGAGCCUUCGGUGCAGGUUCAGCUUACUUUGCGACGUUGAUGGAGAGGUUGGAUGAAAACAUGAUGUUUUAUUUCUGGCAGGCGACUGUUCGACAGUGGCAGAGUCUCCUGCUGGGGUUGGGAAGCAGUGGAUUUGUAAUUGCUAGUGUAUUGGUGGUCACUUUGACACCGGGUUUUACUGCAGCGCAAGCGGGGUUCACGUUGAGUUUCGUACAGAACUUGACAUCCAUGUUGCAGUUCGGACUACGAGCUGUAUCGAACGUCGAACAGAGCUUUGUGGCAGUGGAGAGGGUGAUGGAAUAUUUCGAUGUUGAAAUCGAACCGCUCGAUUCUGCUCCCAAAGCGGUGGUGGAGAGAGGAGAACAGAUCGAACCGAGGGCAAGCUGGCCAGAGAAAGGUGCGAUCGAGAUUAAGGAUCUUCACCUCGCUUAUGCGGAGAAGCUACCUGAUGUGCUGAAUGGCAUCUCACUAUCGAUCAAGCCAGGAGAAAGGGUCGGCAUUGUAGGUGCUACAGGUAGCGGCAAGUCAACUCUUGUAUCGGCGCUAUUUAGGUUCUUCGAGUACCGAAGUGGCCAGAUCAUCAUUGAUGGGGUGGAUAUUGCUAAGGUAGGAUUGAAGACGUUGAGGAGUCGGAUGAAGAUCGUCCCUCAAGAUCCACUUAUUCUGUCGGGUACGCUGAGGAGUGCGGUGGAUGCGAUGGGAGAAUACAAUGACCAAGACAUCACCCGAGUGCUAGUCCGGGUUGGAUUGCUCAAAGACAAGCUCACUUCUGGCUCCCCUUCGGCGGGAUAUGGCACAUUGGAAACCACCUCUACCCCCAACGUUGCUAGUCGGGGCGGCAGUACAGACUCAUCCACGCUCCUCUCCCGUUCCUCCUCCGCCCCAGGUGAGGGCAACGACGAAUCAGGCAGCCUCUCAUCGCUCGAAUCGCGCAUCGAAGAGAGUGGCUCCAACCUUUCCUCUGGUCAAAAGCAACUCGUCUCGCUAUGCCGCAUUCUGCUUUCCGCCUCCUCCGCAGAGAAGGCAAACAGCAUUGUAGUGCUCGACGAGUCGACUUCGUCUAUCGACUACACUACCGACGCCAAAAUGCAAACUCUGCUCGACUGGCACUUUGCUGCACACAACACUACGGUUCUUGCUAUCGCUCAUAGGCUGCGGUCGAUUAUACACUUUGAUACCGUUGUUGUGCUUAACCGCGGCAAGGUAGUGGAGAAGGGUAACCCGGUUGAACUGCUCGCUAAUGAACAUGGCUGGUUCACAAGGUUGGCAAAGAGCACAGGCGAGCAAGAGUAUGCUUCGUUGAAGCGGGCGAUUGCCUUGUGA